AUGAAAUGGUUUAAUGCAGAACACUUGGUUGAAGAAGAACGCCACAAACCAAAAACUCAGCUGGAUUCCUCUCGUGAAAACCAUAUUGGUGCGCAAAUAAACACUGCUAGAAUGGAACCGAAAAAUCGAACUGCUUCUCGUGGAAGAAAGGUGGUGCGAACGGUGACCGAGCCUGCGUUUACUAAUGCGGCUGUGCGUGGAAAAUUCCUAUCACUCGAGAGGCCCGAUACCACCAAACCCGCAGCAGAUGUUCCUUUUGGCGGACAAAGCAUGUCGCUUUACGAACUAAAUAGUGGGAGCUUUAGUCCAGGAUCGGCACUGUACCGUCCACUGUCCAGGACGGAAAUCCGCUCAAAGUAUUCCUUGCAUCAACAGAUGAAAGAAACAAUGGAAUGUAUCAAGCCCGGGGAUCCAACCACUCCGCCGGUACAACGUCAUCGACGCGAAAUCACGCGCUGUUGGAGCCGUGAACGCGUUAUUCGUAGCGAGGUUAUCGUCGCGAUAAAACCUGCGGGAUCACAAAGCUCGAACGUUUUAAACGCAGAGGCUAAUCAGAAAAGUACCGAAGCGCUGACCGACAUUUCCUCCCCAACACUCACUUGUGGUCAGCGGGUCUCACACGGAUCCAGUGAAUUCAGUCUAUUUUCCCCGGUUCUCAUAACAGGCAGAGUGAUACCCAUUCGAACCUCAAAUGACCGAUUGUAUCCACACGAGGGAACAACAGUAGCAACGCAUCAAGAAAUGCCUAACGGUUCGAUCCGGACAGACUCGGCUGAUGCAAAAACGGAAUGUCUACAAAAUGGAACCAAGUGA